AUGGAACCGCUCUCGGAUCAAUGCGCCGCGAGCUACCUCGAGUACUUGAGAGCUUGCAAGCCCACGGAGCCUACCUUGGACUACCUCGACCGACUGAUCAAGGUGCACCUGGAGCGCGUCACCUUCGAAAACCUGGACGUUCUGCUGGAACGACGCGUCAGCCUGGACGCCGAGGCCGUGUUCGGCAAGGUGACGGGACGCGGUCGCGGCGGCUACUGCUUCGAGCUCAACUCUCUCUUCGGCCGCCUUCUGCGGGCACUCGGCUACAGCCUGAGCCUGAGAGCGGCCCGCCUGCGUCUCACGACUCCCGACGACUCGGCCAAACGCACGCGGCUAUCCCACAUGGUGCUGCUGGUCGAGCUAGCCGACGGCGACCGCUACAUCGUGGACGUCGGCAUGGCGACGUGCGGCCUGCACCGGGCGCUUCCCGUGGCCGGCGACGCGACGCCCUUCCGCGUUCGCAUCCUGGACGCCUUGAACACCUUCGAGGUCGCGGUGCCCACGGGCGACGGCGGCUGGAAGGCUUUUUACGUCGUCGAGCCGUACGACCUCGACUGGCUCGACUUCGGCACGCUCCACUGGUACUCGUCGACUCACCCCGACAGUUCGAUGCGACGCCUCCUUUUGGUGGGACGCCGUUCGCCUCGCGGAGACGGCUGUUGGCUGCGGCUCAUGAACGACCGGUUCGUGCGCUGGUCGCCGACAGGUGGCGUAGUCGACAGACGGGUGAUGAAAGACGAGAACGAAAUUCUCGAGAUUCUGCGAGACGAGUUUGGGCUGAACCUGAGCGCGGCAGACGACGAGGCGCCUCUGCGCAUUCGCUUGCGAGAGCUGCUCGAGAACUUGAGGCUGGGCCAGAACCUCUUUCUGAAGAAAUUGCUGUGGCCGGAAGUUUGA